UCCACUGAGGCCAGUGCGGGGACAACAGCACAGGACCAAAUAUGUUGCAGGUGAGAGAUAGGAUGGUAGCUGGGGAGGCGAGUAUGCGCAGCCCAAUCCUGGCCUGCUGGCAGCCAAUUCUCCUCCUGAUGCUGGGAUCCAUCCUGUCCGGCUCCGCCACGGGCUGCCCGCCGCGCUGCGAGUGCUCUGCCCAGGAGCGUGCCGUCCUGUGCCACCGGAAGCGAUUCAUGGUCGUGCCAGAGGGGAUCCCGACUGAGACCAGGCUGCUGGACUUGGGCAAGAACCGCAUCAAGACACUCAACCAGGAUGAAUUUGCCAACUACCCUCACCUGGAGGAGCUGGAGCUAAAUGAGAACAUUAUCAGUGCCAUUGAACCUGGGGCUUUCAACAACCUCUUCAACCUCAGGACGCUGGGGCUCAGGAGUAACAGACUCAAGCUGAUCCCCUUGGGGGUGUUUACCGGACUCAGCAACCUUACCAAGCUAGACAUUAGUGAGAACAAAAUUGUGAUCCUCCUAGACUACAUGUUCCAGGACUUGUACAACCUGAAGUCUUUGGAGGUGGGGGACAACGACCUUGUGUACAUCUCCCACCGGGCCUUCAGUGGCCUCAACAGCCUGGAGCAGCUGACCCUGGAGAAAUGCAACCUGACCUCCAUCCCCACAGAAGCCCUGUCUCACCUUCACGGCUUGAUCGUGCUGCGGCUGCGCCAUCUGAACAUCAACACCAUCCGGGAUUACUCAUUCAAGAGGCUGUACCGGCUCAAGGUCCUCGAGAUCUCACACUGGCCCUACCUGGAUACUAUGACGUCCAACUGCCUCUAUGGGUUGAACCUGACCUCCUUGUCCAUCACCCACUGCAACCUGACGUCCAUCCCGUAUGUGUCGGUGAGGCACUUGGUUUACCUCCGGUUCCUGAACCUGUCCUACAACCCCAUUGUCACCAUCGAGGGCUCCAUGCUCCAUGACCUGCUCAGGCUGCAGGAGAUCCAGCUGGUGGGAGGGCAGCUCACCACAGUCGAGCCCUUCGCCUUCCGUGGCCUCAAUUACCUGCGCAUCCUGAACGUGUCAGGGAAUUUGCUGACCACCCUGGAGGAGUCAGCCUUCCACUCGGUGGGCAACCUGGAGACGCUCAUCCUCGAUAACAACCCCUUAGCCUGCGACUGUCGGCUGCUCUGGGUUUUCCGGCGGCGAUGGAGGUUGAACUUCAACAAGCAGCAGCCCACCUGCUCCACCCCCGAGUUCGUCCAGGGCAAGGAGUUCAAAGACUUCCCCGACGUCCUCCUGCCCAACUACUUCACCUGCCGCCGAGCACGGAUACGGGACCGCAAACCUCAGCAGAUCUUCGUGGACGAAGGCCACACGGUCCACUUUGUCUGCCGGGCAGAUGGGGACCCGCCCCCCACCAUCAUGUGGCUCUCUCCCCGGAAGCACCUCAUCUCUACCAAAACCAACGGGCGGCUCACUGUCUUCCCUGACGGCACGCUGGAGGUGCGCUACGCCCAGAUCCAGGACAAUGGCACCUACCUAUGCAUUGCCAGCAACGCGGGUGGCAACGACACCAUGCUGGCCCACCUGCACGUGCGCAGCUACUCCCCAGACUGGCCCCACCAGCCCAACAAGACCUUCGCGUUCAUCUCCAACCAGCCCAACGAGAGCGAUGCCAACAGCACGCGCGCCACCGUGCCUUUCCCCUUUGACAUCAAGACUCUCAUCAUCGCCACCACCAUGGGCUUCAUUUCCUUCCUGGGCGUCGUGCUCUUCUGUCUGGUGCUCCUCUUCCUGUGGAGCCGGGGGAAAGGCAACACCAAGCACAACAUUGAAAUCGAGUACGUGCCACGCAAGUCCGACGCAGGCAUCAGCUCUGCCGACGCGCCGCGCAAGUUCAACAUGAAAAUGAUUUAACCAGGCAACAAUUUGCAAAUAAUAAUGGUGGGGUUUUUUUAAAAAAAAAAAAAAAAAAGAACAAAUGAACAAAUAAAAAAUAAUUAAAAAACAAACAUUGCUACAAACAUACCGACCUCUCUCCUUCCACACGCCCUCCGCCCCUGUCCAAACCCACUGCACCCGCACUGUCACCACCUCUUUCUCCUCCUCCUCUUCUUUAUACCAGGAAAACAUUCAGCCGAUGUCUUCAGGACUCCUGUGUUUGUAAGGACUUUGUCUGAUGGACUCUGGUGUCAGAUAUAACUCUGAGAGGGAAAAACAACAGAGGGGGGAAAAAAAGAAAGAAAAAAGAAAUAAAAUCAAUAAAAAGUUA